GAUAUUCGUCCACAAAAUUAUCAUGACAUCAUACUAUUACUAACAAUUAACAAACUCCUUUGUUCACUUAUUCUGAGUUCUGAUGGCUGUGGCAUCAUCUUCCUUGAUCUAUGAUUAUGAAUAUGAUGUGUUCCUGAGCUUCAGAGGAGAAGAUACCCGUUACGGUUUCACCGGAAAUCUCUACAACGCCCUCCGUGACAACGGAAUUCACACAUUCAUCGACGACGACCAACUCCAAAAAGGGGACGAGAUCACAUCAGCACUUGAGAAGGCCAUCGAACACUCGAGAAUUUUCAUCAUCGUCCUCUCUCUCAACUACGCUUCUUCCUCUUUUUGCUUAAACGAGCUCACUUACAUCCUUCACUGCACUAAGAGAAAAUCUUUGUUGGUUUUGCCUCUCUUUUAUAACAUCGAUCCUUCUGACCUUCGUCACCACAGAGGUAGCUUCGGAGAAGCGUUGACCAAUCAUGAAAACAAUUUCAAAGCUAAGAAGGAGGGGUUGGAGCAUAACAUGGACAAGCUCCACAAAUGGAAGAUGGCUCUUCAUCAAGCAGCCAGCUUGUCUGGCUAUCAUUUCAAACAAGGGGAUGGAUAUGAAUACGAGUUUAUUAAAAAGAUAGUUAAAUUGGUAUCUAGCAAGAUUAACCGUGCUCCUUUGCAUGUUGCGGAUUACACGGUUGGACUUGAGUCUCGAGUGCUGGAAGUAAAGUUGCUUCUAAAUGUUGGGUCUGAUGACUGUGUCCACAUGGUUGGAAUCCAUGGUAUUGGUGGAAUUGGUAAAACCACACUUGCUGUUGAAGUUUAUAAUUCCAUUGCUGACCAUUUUGAAGGUUUAUGCUUUCUUGAAAACGUCAGAGAAAAUUCAAAUAAACAUGGUUUACAACAUCUCCAGAGCAUCCUUCUAUCUGAAAUGGUUGGAGAAAAGAAUAUCAACUUAGCAAGUGUUAGACAAGGAAUUUCAAUGAUACAACAUAGGUUACGGCAAAAGAAGGUUCUUUUGAUUGUAGAUGAUGUUGAUAAGCACGAGCAGUUACAGGCUAUUGUUGGAGAACCUAAUUGGUUUGGUCCCGGCAGCAGAGUCAUCAUCACUACUCGAGACAAACAACUGCUGGCAUGUCACCAGGUUAAAACAAACUAUGAAGUUGAAAAGUUGAAUAAGAGCGAUGCUCUACAACUGCUCAGUUGGAAAGCUUUUAAAACUGACAAAGUUGAUACAAGUUAUGUAAAUGUCAUGAAUCGUGUAGUAACUUAUGCUUCUGGCCUUCCAUUGGCUUUGGAAGUAAUAGGUUCCAACUUAUUCGGAAAAACUGUAGGAGAAUGGGAAUCUGCUAUAAAUCAAUAUGAAAAAAUUCCUAAUAAUCAAAUCUUUAAGAUACUUAAAAAAAGUUUUGAUGCUUUAGAAGAACAAGAGAAGAGCGUUUUUCUUGACAUUGCUUGUUGCUUCAAAGGAUUUCGAUUGAAAGAGGUCGAAGAUAUACUUUGUGCUCACUAUGGGGAUUGCAUGAAAUAUCAUAUUAGGGUGUUGGUUGAAAAAUCUCUCAUAAAACAGAACUGGUAUGGUGCAGUUACAUUGCAUGACUUGAUAGAAGACAUGGGUAAAGAAAUUGUCCGACAGAAAUCACCAAAAGAGCCAGGGAAGCGCAGUAGAUUAUGGUCUCCGGAUGAUAUAAUUCAAGUUUUGGAAGAUGACUCGGGUACUGGUAAAAUUGAAAUCAUAUGUUUGGAUUUCUCCCUACUUGACAAAGAAGAAAUAGUAGAAUGGAAUCGAAAGGCUUUCAAGAAGAUGAAAAAUCUCAAAACACUUAUUAUUAAAAAUGGUCAUUUUUCCAAAGGUCCCAAACAUCUUCCGAAUAGUUUAAGAGUACUGGAAUGGUUGAAAUAUCCUUCAAAAGGGUUACCAACUGAUUUUUGUUCAAAGAAACUCUCCAUAUGCAAGUUACCUAAAAGCUGUUUUGGGUCACUGGAGUUGGCUGACUUAUCAAAGAAGUUCACGAAUAUGACUGUUUUGAAUUUUGAGGAAUGCCAAGGAUUAACACAAAUACCAGAUGUAUCUGGGCUGCCAAAUUUAGAAAAUAUUUCAUUCCGAAAUAGUGACAAUUUAGCUACAAUCCAUGACUCCAUUGGGUUCCUUGGUAAGCUUAAAAUUUUGAAUGCUUUUGGUUGCAAGAAACUUAGGAGUUUUCCACCGCUCAAGUUGGAAUCUCUUGAAAAACUUGAACUUUCAUAUUGUUCCAGUCUAGAGAGUUUCCCAGAAAUAUUAGGAAAAAUGGAAAACAUAACAGAACUUGUGUUGGAGGCUUCUGCCAUAAAGAAUUUUCCAGUUUCAUUUCAAAAUCUCACUGGGCUUCAAGAAUUACUGUUGCGUCACUGUGGAGUGUUAACGUUACCAAGUAGCAUUGUCAUGAUGCCAAAAUUGGUUCAGAUCAUUGCUUGGGAAUGGAAAGGGUGGCUAUUCCCAAAACAGGUUGAGGGUGAAGAAAAAGUUCGUUCAAUGAUGUCUUCAAACGUAAAUUGUCUUCGUCUCUCAGGCUGUAACCUGUCCGAUGAUUUUUUUUCAAUAGGUCUUUCAUGGUUUGCUAAUGUAAAAGAAUUAGACCUAUCAAGAAAUAAUUUCAAAGUUCUUCCUGAAUGCAUCAGUGAUUGUCAAUUCCUACUGGAGCUUAACUUAGAUUAUUGUUAUUGUCUUCAAGAAAUUAGAGGGAUUCCGCCAAGCAUAGAACUUUUCUCUGCAAGAGAAUGUAAAUCCUUGACCUCUUCUGGUAGAAGCACAUUAGUGAAUCAGAAGCUGCAUGAGGUUGGAAACACCUUGUUUAGGUUUUCAGGAGCAAGGUUUCCAGAGUGGUUCGACCACCAAAGCCGGGGAUCAUCUAAUUCUUUUUGGUUUCGCCACAAGUUCCCUGCCAUUUGUCUUUGUAUUGCUAUUGGACCAACUCAUUACGAAUAUUUUAAAAUUGUUGGACCUACCUUGACCAUCAAUGGCAUUGAAUGUUUACCUGACGAUGAGGAUUUUGACUAUUUUUGGAUGGAGCCUGAUCACACACAUCUUUUCGAUCUGCAAAAGAUGCAUCUCAGAGAUAAUCUAGACAAAUAUGUUGUAGAAAAUGAAUGGAACCAUGUGGAGAUUACUUACCAUCCGACAAUCGGGGAAAGACAGAAGGUUGUGGAGAUCCCAGUCUUUACUGAAACUGGUAUCUAUGUGUACAAACAGAGGAGUAGCAUGGUGGAUAUUCAAUUUACUGAUCCUUAUAAAAGGAGAAGAUUGGAUGAUGACUCAGGAUCAUAAAACCAACAGAUUGUGGAAAGAGCAUAGAUUCAUAGAGAUGCAAAUUCCUAGGACAUUCUUUUCUUCUGGCUCAAGCAAUAUGCAGUCAUUGGAUAAUAAUAUGAAUUAUGAUUCAAGUAAACUGUAUCGACAUGGAUAAAGGGCACCAGCACAAUUAGUGUCAAAGGUAAAUUCUCUUCUAGUUUGUUGUCACCAUAACAUUUUUUAGUGGCCCAAUUUAUUUUGUUAACAACAUAAAUGAAAGAAGAAAAAACUGGAGUUCCAGGACUAGAGUGCUCUAUUGAUAUGCAUGAUUAAAUUUUUGUCUUGAAGAACAUACACAAGUGUUCAAUUUGUUGUUUCAGUGGUUAAAAAAAGACAAAUUUGCUCGUGUUAGAGAAAUAAGUGCUAGUAGAUUGUGAAAUUAUAAGAAAAUCCAAUUGUGAAUUCGGAUUUAUGUAGUAUCAUGUGUAUAUAAGUUAUCUUGAAUUUGUAAUUUAAAUCAGCAUAUUCGUCGAAAUAGUAAUCUUAAUAGGCUGAAAUAUAGUUUCAAGAAAGGGGAAGUGGGUAUUUGUAAUGUUGGAUAAUGUUGACAGUGAUUUUUUUGUCAGGCAUACAAACCUGUUAGGGGCUAAUAGUUUUCAUUCCCAUUUCACGGGAAACCCUUUUUCCUCUACUUUUUAGCCCUGCCUCGUAGUGGGAAAUUUUCAGGAAGUGUUUUUCGCAAAAAAGAUUUAAGAAUGAUAAGCUUAAGUUAUGAUACACUAGGGAUGAAGCUAAACAAUCUUGUAUCAUUUUUUUAUGAGUAAACUAACUAUCAAUGUAGUUCCCAUUUCCCAAGACUAGAAAACAUUGUCACAUUAGUUUCUUAUAUAUAAACUAUUUCUAAAUCUAAACCUUUUUUUAACAAAAAUAAUCACUUAUGAUACUAAUUAGAGUGCAAUAUUAUUGUUAACUAACAAUGGCAUUGAGA